UUUUCUCCACCCAGAGGGAGUGAGAGUGUGAGUCAGUGCCAGUGGGGUGGAACCCUGUUAAUACAGGAACAAAUAACCUGGGAGUUACCUCGACCAGCAUUCACUUCAACCUUACUCUGGUCAGCCAGCUCGCUGGAAUAUUGAGUAGCAAAGAGUAUUCAGCUGCUAACACUGGUAGCAGAGAAGAAACCCCACAGGAAUUCCUUCAGAGAAUAAAAAUCCAGUAGGUGAAGCUGUUGAAGAAGCCACAAGAAGUUCAAAUCUUUAGAAAUGGCACUAUUUCAAAAAAUAGCUGACUCUUUCUCAGUUAACAAAUCCACCCGUGCAGAUGAAGACAGGGAUCAGGUUAUCCGGGAAACAAAGAAGAGGACUCGCUUAAUAAACGAUGGUGAAUGGAUUAAAAACAAACCAUCAGAUGAUUCACAGCAUCUGGCAACUGAUGUCAACUAUGGAAAAUCUGCACUAAACCGAGUUAAAUCCAGUGAAGGCCUGAACAGUGAUUCAAGUAAGACGACUGGUUUGAAGUCAACAACAAAAGCCGAUACCAUAGAUGGACGAAAAAGCAGCACUUGGGUAAUUAAUGCUGGCCGUAAAGUUGUGCUCAACCGAUACAGAUCUGAAGAAUUCCUGGACAGGGAUACAAGUAGCACUACUGAUCUCAGCAAAACACAACGGGCUUCAACUUUGGACAAACCUACAAGGUAUAGAACUGUUCUUUUUGUUAGCAGCUCAGAGCCAUCUCAUAAGCUUGAUAAAAAAGUUGUGCUGAGCCGACACAGAUCUGAAGAAGUCCUGAACAGUGACAAAGGUAGCACCAACAUCUCCAGCCCGACAAACAAAUAUUCAAGUUUGGAAAGAAAGACCAGGACCUCUUCAUACAAAACUGAGGAAUUGCCAAAGAUGACAAUAAUUACAUCUGAAACAAAAACCGAGAGUCCAAUCAGCAAGAGCCAACAGAGUAGGCCCAGUCCUGAUGGUCAAGUAACAACACAGGAAAAGUCACCUACAAAGCCAAUUUUGAAAUGGGGUAGCCAGAAAGAAGAAACUUCAAGAAGUAGCUAUGUUCCAAAGAGUUCGACACUGGAACAAAAUACUUCAAAAACACCUACCAGUGCUGAAUCUGAUAGUCUGAUUGAUCUGACACCUACCACUGAAAGUACAAACAAGGGGUCAGAUUUUAUAUCGAAGGUUGGAAGCAAAAGCCUAAUUGAUCUUUCAAUCACUCCAGAGCAAACAAAUACAAAAAGUCCGGUUACUACUCCAACGGCUCCAGCUAGAACUUCAAGUCUGAUUGAUCUGUCACCAUCCUCUCCAGCCAAAUCUAAGAGGAACAGUGGAAACUGGGAUGAAUCCAGCUCAUACACCACUACAAGCACAAAGUCAACCUUCAACCCAAGGAACUCAAGUGGAGACUGGAAUGAAGUCACCUCCUACACUACAACAAGCACAAAAACAACCUUCAACCCAAGAAAUUCAAGUGAGGACUGGGACAAUACCAACUCUCACACCACGACAAGCACAAAGACAACUUUUCCAAGUCCCAGGUCCACGAGUGAACAUGAUCUUCCCAAAGAUGAACCUUCAACUUACAAAUCAUCAACUUCUUAUACUAAGUCAAGCAGGACGUUCAGCUCUAAUUCACUUAAUGAUAAAAGCCCAGUCGUAGAGCCAGGACGGUAUGAUUCUCGAUCAUCCUACAAGGAAAACAGCCCUCCAAGUGAGCAUCUUUCCGAGGAUGGUGAUUCAUACCGAUCUCCAAGUUAUUCAAAGAUCAGGAACUCCAGCUCAUCUCUCUCUGAUGGCAAGAGUCCUGCAAAAGUGAUAAGUUUAACCACUGCCUUCACCAGCGCUGAACAGAGAUCCUCAGAUAAAAAUAAGUGCAGCCAGUGUUACAAACCCAUCGAACACGGUGCUAAAAUGAUCUUGGAAGAGCUGAACAUUAAUUGCCAUGCUGCAUGCUUUAAGUGCCAAAUUUGCCACACCUCUCUUGAAAACUUGAGUGCUGGAGAUAACUUCUGGGUUCACCAACGUGUUGUGCAUUGUGAGAACUGCUAUGAUCAAGUAAAAGCACAACGAUCAUACUAAAUUGAUACAUGGACAAGUUUAUCAGUGUUUCAAUGACUAUGAUUUCAGAUUUAUUGGGGUUAGGAGGAUAUAUUUACGCUACUUUACAAACUUUAGAACAAUCUCUUAAACAAAUUACCAUUCCUUUUUCAAAUUGUAAUUUCUGGAUUUAAUUCCAAAAUAAAGGAAUACCAUUUCCUUAGUACUCUUUAUGUAUACAUUAUAUUUUCGGGAGCAACUUGCUACUAAAGGCCUGCAUCAACGGACGUGAAGUCAUUGCUUAAAGAACAGCCAUGAAAUAACUGUUCCAUUUGAUCAUUAAAUUGGUGUACCAGGAUCAAAUGUGGUUUCUUCCUCGAAAUGAUGUUCACCAGCCUCUGCCAUUGCAAAUGCAUAAUCGUUGUGUUUUUAUUUUCUACCUGAAUCUAGAGAGUACUAUGCUUUGCCCAAAUUAUAAAAGAACUACAGAUGAGAUGUUGAAGUGGAAUGGUAUGUAUUAAUAGAACUGAAAUCCGCUAUCUGUUACCUGUAUAGCAAAAACAGAUUCAGUUUUUCAAGACAGAAUUACAUAACUUGAGAAUACAUCAGAUCCAGUAUGUUGAAAGGGCAGCCUAUAUAUUACUGAGGGUUCAGGCCUGUUCACCUCAGCACAAGUAGUUUGUUUAGUACUACAGCAAAUUUGGAAAUGUGUGAACUGUGAUUUUUUUUAAUUUAAAGAAUUUAGGUAAAUGGUAUUUUGGGACAAAAUCUGCUACAUAGAAUUACCAUUGCAUUGAUAAUGUCAGCACUACCCUAAUUGCCAUGAUAAGAUUGCAUCUUUAAAGGCUGGCACUAUUGUGGAUUCAAUAUUUUGAUGUUUCUGAAAUCUAACAAAUAGCUUUCAGGCAAGCUUAAGAUUUGCAAAAUUCUUAAGCAUAAUUUGAAAAAAAGAGUUCUUUAAAAGCAAGCGACAGAAAUUUGAAAGGAACACUUUAAAUCUAAUUUCUGUAGUUAAACACUGUUUUUAGGGAGGUUUAUAUUUCUAUAUAGUAUAUAAAAUUUGAAAUGUUAUUAGCAUUUUAUUUCAACUACUAUUGAUAUCUAUGUAACAAACAGUCUGGGUCAAAUUUUCUUUUUGCACAUAUAGUCUUAAAGCUGAUUGUACUGAUGGAAGCCACUGGCAAGAACAUUCAAACAAGCUCAAACGAAUAUAUGUCUAGUGGCAUUACACGUUGGGGUGAUAUUUCCACCAGUAAUUUAUAGAUACCAUUCUGUUUGUAGAACCACUCAUGCAGUAACAGCUUAAACAUAACUUCAGUAAAAAUCACAUUGUUUAUGUUUGUUCUUGUUCAUGGUAGCAACAAGCAAAAUCAAUAAAUAUUCAUUUUGCUUCUUCGAACACCACAUCAAAAUGCUGCAAGCAAGAAAAUCUGGCCCAUUUGUAUUUAACAUUUUUAAAUAUAGCUUUUAAUAAACAAAAAGUAUGGUUUGGAUCAGUUGAGACAACAGAAAGUGGAAUCAGUGGAUCCAUCAAUCCUAUCUUUAGAAUUCUUGGACAUCAUGUACGUUACUUGGACAUGGCUGUGAUACAUCAUCUAUAAAAGUAAAAUCUUUUAUAUUCACUGGAGAAUUAACUUGUGAAACUCAAUUUUUUUAAAUUAUUUUAUUGAACAAUUGAAUACACAAUUGCAUCAGGAAUGGUGAAAUUGAGGACACUAACAUCUUUGAAAGCUCAACAUGCCUUAUUCAACACCUCUUGUAACUGAGAGUAAACAUAAACAUUAUUCAAAAAUUCAGUGGUGAGAAUAAACACAUUAGCAGCAACAAUGCUUUGGUGGUUCAAACGAUCAUUUGUCAGAAGCAAGCAACAAUCUGAGUUCCCAUUUUAAAUGAAAUCAUUGUGUCAGGAAUAUGUUAACUAAAAUUAUGUGCUACGUACUAAUGCAUGAAUAUUCAGCAAGAAAAAAUGUUGGUACAGUACUAUUUUGUUAAUGAUCUCGAAUAUUGUGUUAAUAAAAAGUAAGAA